AUUUAAAAAGUAAUAUUAAAGUUAAGUUCUUUAUCAAAGCAAAAUCCUCCAAUCUUCUUUCUUCCAUUCCCGGAGCUUCAUCGGCAAUGGCUCCGGCGACACCCUCCGUCGUUUCCCUAACGCUUUUACUCUCGCUCAUCGCUUCUCUAAUCUCGCCGGCGGCGUCGCAGACCUGUUCGUCUCAGACCUUCGCCAACAACAAGCUCUACGCUCACUGCAACGACCUCCCUACCCUCGGCGCCUACCUCCACUGGACCUACAACCCGCCGGAAUCCACUCUCUCCGUGGCGUUCGUCGCCGCGCCGGCGAAGCCCGAGGGCUGGAUCUCGUGGGCGCUCAACCCCACGGGCUCCGGGAUGAUUGGGGCCCAGUCGCUCAUCGCGUUCCGGGAUUCCAAGGGAGGAAUGGCGGUGAAGACGUACAACAUAACCUCGUACGCUAUCGUGGAGUCCGAGGUGUGGUUCCGAGUGAAAGAGGCGACCGCGGAGUCCUCCGGCGGCGCGAUGCGGCUGUUCGCCACCGUGGUGCUGCCGGAGAAGGGGAAGACCACGUUUAACCAUGUUUGGCAGGUUGGGUCCUCCGUCACCGGCGGCGUGCCCGACAAGCACGAGUUUAAGCCGGCGAAUUUGAACUCCAAAGGAAGCAUCGAUUUGUUGAAAGGAGAGAGCAACGCCGACACCUCCGGCGAUUCUAGGAUCAAGAAAAGGAAUAUUCAUGGGAUACUGAAUGCUGUUAGCUGGGGGAUUCUGUUCCCAGUUGGGAUCAUAAUUGCAAGGUACUUAAGAACAUUCCAGUCUGCAGAUCCAGCAUGGUUUUAUCUUCAUGUUGCUUGCCAGAUUUGUGCUUAUGCCAUUGGAGUUGCUGGCUGGGCAACUGGUCUGAAGCUAGGAAGCCAGUCCAAGGGUGUUCAGUACACUGAUCAUCGCAAUCUCGGGAUUUCUCUCUUCUGUCUUGCAACACUUCAGAUGUUUUCCUUGCUGUUGAGGCCAAAGAAGGAUCACAAGUACAGGUUUUACUGGAACAUCUACCACUAUGGGAUUGGCUACUCAGUUCUUGUUCUUGGCAUCAUCAAUGUGUUCAAAGGGCUUCACAUACUGGACCCUGCAAAGAAAUGGAAGUCUGCUUACAUUGUUGUGCUUGUAGUGAUGGGAGGGAUUGCUCUGCUGCUCGAAGCGAUAACCUGGAUAGUCGUGCUACGACGAAAAUCUAACAAGUCCACCAAACCAUACGACGGGUAUGACAAUGGCGAGGCCAGGCAAGCGCCAUGACGAUGAAAUUCUCGUAGGUAAAUCAAUGAGGACAGUGAUUGAUUGUGCCAUUUAGGGCUUGCCCUAGUCUCUACUUGUAUCUUUGUAAACCUCAUUUUGCAGGAAUUCAUCCUUUAGUAAGUUAAAGUAGUUUAUAGUGUAUAAUAUUCAUGUAUUUUGAUAGUUUUUCAUGUCCACUCCUUUGUGUAUCAAACUGGCUGCCAGCUUUGGGCAUUGAUUUGGUGAUGGCCAAAAGCAUUUAAUCAAGAAUAUAAUCAAGUGUCAUCAUUCCAUUUCCCCAACA